UUAAAGGUCAGUGUUUCAAGUGCUAUUAUUCCUCAAUUCCUGCACGACCAUGUUUUCUUCUGCUCCACGAAUGGUGAUUGUUUUCUUGUGGUUUCUAUGGGCGAUCACAGUCAACUUGUGCAUGAGCCACGAGACGAACGUGACUAAUGUUCUUUGCAAUAGAAAAGAUCAACACAUGCUUUCAAUGUUUAAGCAAAGCAUUAAAGAUCCCUCGAAUCUGCUCUUGUCUUGGACCAUUGAAGAAGAUUGCUGCAACUGGAAAGGUGUUCAGUGUAACAACAUCACCGGUAGAGUCACAGGGCUACAACUCUCUUGGCGUCACUUGGUACCUUUGGAUAACAGUGACGGUGUAUCUCUUGAAUUCUUAAGGGGUGAAAUAAACUUUUCUCUCUUGCAGAAACUUGAUUUCCUCAGCUUCUUAGACUUGAGUUUCAAUAACUUUAAGGCCAUCAAGUUUGAAUCUGUCCUUGGAUCUCCAACAAAUUUCACUAAUCUUGUUUACCUAGAUUUAUCAUUCAAUAGUAUCCUCUACAUGGACAAUCUUAGAUGGCUUCCACGUUUUUCUUCUCUGAUAUAUCUUGACUUGAGUUUAAUAAACCUCUCUAGAGAAACUCUCUGGCUUCAAUGGAUGGCUACUCUCCCUUCACUCACGGAGCUGAAGCUGAAAGAAUGUAACCUCACUGGGAAUCCCUCUCUUGGGUAUGUCAAUAUUACUUCACUUGGAAUACUUGAUAUUUCCUUCAACCAUUUUAAUUCUGAGAUUCCAAAAUGGCUAUUUAACCUCAGCAGUAGAAUUGCUUAUCUGGACCUUAGCUCAAAUAAUCUGAGAGGCCAAAUACCUGCACCAAUGUUGAAUUUCCAAAAUUUGAUGUACUUGUAUUUGGAAUAUAAUAGUCUAAGUGGAUCUAUUCUAGAGUGGAUUGGACAAUUCAAAAAUUUAGUGCAGCUUGAUCUCUCUAACAACUUAUUAUCUGGUCCCAUUCCAACCACCAUUGGAAAUCUAUCAUCAUUGACAUAUUUAGAUUUUGCCAAUAAUCACUUGAAUGAUAGUCUUCCAACAGCUCUUGGGAAACUUUCAAGGUUAGAGAGUUUAGAAUUGGGAUAUAAUUCCCUGUCAGGCAAGCUGUCUGAGCAAAGUUUCACCAAACUUUCAAGCUUAAAGAGUUUGGGACUUGAGUCAUCUGCUUUUGUUUUUAAUUUUGGCACCCACUGGCAGCCUCCGUUUCAGCUUGAGGCGAUUAGUCUGAGAUAUUGCAAGUUGGGUCCGGAGUUUCCUUCAUGGCUAUACACACAAAGAUCCCUUUAUACUCUCGACAUUUCAGGCUCAGGCCUUUCAUUCAAUGUCAAGGACAAAUUUUGGAGCUUUGUAACACAAAUUGAAAAUCUCUUUUUGUCCUACAACCUACUCACUGGAGAUAUUUCCACCACAUUGUUUAAUGGCUCAACAAUUGAAUUAAACUCCAAUAACUUCACAGGCAGGUUGCCACGUUUGUCUCCUCGAGCAAUCAUCUUCAAGAUAGGUGACAAUAGUUUCUCAGGACCUAUAUAUCCCCUAUUGUGCCAGAACAAGACUGGGAAACAAAAAUUAGAAGUUUUGGACAUGUCAUACAAUCUUUUAUCUGGAGAAAUCCCUAAUUGUUGGAUGCAUUGGCAAUCUCUGCUUCAUGUGAACUUGGAGGGAAAUAAUAUAAGUGGUGAAAUUCCUGACUCAAUGGGUUCCUUGACCAACCUUGAGAGCCUACUACUUCGUAACAACUCUUUGUCAGGAAAGAUACCUUCACUUGAAAACUGCAAUAUUUGGUUUCUUGAUUUGGCAUUCAAUGAGUUUACAGGAAAAAUACCAAGUUGGAUUGGGUCAUUGAAUAUGGCUGCCCUCAUAUUACGAUCAAAUAAUUUCACUGGAAGUGUUCCACCACAAAUUUGCAAAUUUUCCAAUCUUCUAGUGUUGGAUCUUGCACACAAUAAACUCUCUCGACCAAUACCCAAGUGUAUAAAUAAUAUCACAACAAUGGUUGCUAAUACACUCGAUGAAACCUUAUACCUCGGUCACUAUUAUCUUUGGGAUGCUUCUUUUGGAGUGAAGUCAUACGUGGAGGAUCUACAUUUGUUUGUGAAGGGCCUAAGCUUGGACUUUUGGAACUCUUUUGAGCUUGUUCGCAUUGUUGACCUCUCAAAUAAUGAACUUUCAGGAUUCAUCCCACAAGAACUAUUUAAUCUCAUCGCCUUGCAGUCCUUAAACUUGUCUCACAAUAACUUGAUGGGAAAGAUACCGAGUAAUGUUGGACAAAUGAAGUCUUUGGAAUCUCUGGACUUUUCAGGAAACCUGUUGUCUGGUGAAAUCCCUCAAAGUAUCUCAAAUAUAUCUUUCUUGAGUCAUUUGAAUUUGUCAUACAAUAAUUUCGAUGGAAGAAUUCCUCUCAGCACACAACUACAAAGUUUUGAGGCAUCAAGUUACAUUGGCAAUCCAGAACUCUGUGGACCUCCUCUUCCAAAGAAAUGUGCACAACAAGAGAGACCAAAUGGCUCCAUGAAGGUGUCCAAAGAUAGUGAAUUUAAAUCUAGUUUCAAAACUGGAGUGGGAGUUGGAUUUGCUUCUGCUUUUUGUGGGGUUUUUGGCAUCCUCCUCUUCAUCGGGAAAUGGAGACAUGCUUAUUUUCGCUUUCUUGACACCCUUUACGUCGUUAUAGCCGUAAAGAUCAAUCACUUUCGCCAUAAAGGUCCUUAAGCUGCACAGGCUUCAACUAUAGUUUUUGGGAUUAUUCUCAGCUCAAGUGAAUGGAGUUUGUGACUCAAGAUGGAUCAUGAUGAUCUUAAGGUAUAUAUACUUGCUGCUGGAAGAUUGCUCUAAAUCCUGUCUUUCUUUUCUGUUUUCUGUCCUGCUGUAUUGUGGUAGCUCUAGUUUCUUUUUUAUGUACUAUGCCUUAUCUGUUCUACUUUCUAGCAGAAGGUUUCUUAAACUUUCAAGCCUACUGCUUCGUUUGUAAUAUUUUUAUCUUGAAAAUAAAUUCAGCUUUC